GAAGCAACUUGUUAGGACAAAUCGGAGACCGAGGCAGCUCCAAUCUUAGUACCCCUCAUCCCCUCAUCCCAGCAACCCCUCAUCACGGCUGCAACAACGUCAAAACAUCAGUCAAUUCAUCUUGAGUUCUCCAUUGGAGCACGGUAUAUUGAUUCACAAGCAUACCAGCAAUAAGAAUAUCUUCAAUCAAUCAACAACAUGGCUGGAUUUCCAAGUCUCAAACCAGCGUUCACCAUCCAGGUAAAAAUCGACCCGCCCUUCUCCGUCGGCAGCCAUCACCGCAAAACCGGACUCGAUGUAGUUCCCAUGAUCGGUGGAACAGUCAAAGCAGAAUCCGAUUUUGCGCCUUCUCUCAAUGCAACCUUUGUCGGUACUGGCAAUGACUAUAUUCGCGCCGACCCGGAUCAGAAAAGGCUGCGUCUGGAUGCGCAUAGCGUAUUGAAAACGCAUGAUGACGCUUUGAUUUAUGUCAGUUACACAGGAACAGUGAAUCUCUCAGAGGACUCGGCAAAGAUAUUAGCUGGGGCCGCUGGUGAUUUGGCGACGGAUUUCGGGGAUUCUUUUACGCAAUUCCACUUCGAGACUGGUGACGAGCGCUACAAAGAUCUCGAGAACGGGGUGUUUGUCGGACAGGGUCGAUUUAUUUCAAAGACUGGAGAGAAGGUGAUUGUUGAAUACAAGGUCAGCCAGGCUGUCCUUGGAUAA